AUGCAAGCUGUGUCUGAAGUAGUUCGUUUCCUCAGCGAGCGCACAAAGCCUGGCUCGGUGAAAGCCUGGAAUGAUGCACUGGCCCCAACCGUCAUUCGGAUCUGCAUCUUUGAACAUUUGGAACUUACUCACUUAUGCUGCUUGGGAAGCGGCCCGUGGCAUGAGACCCAAUAUGACAAACUGAGAGAUGACAUGGAGUGUAUCCGUGAUGAAGAGCGACCCUUGAUUGAACAAGUUGAGAAUCUGACUGUUUUCUUCUUGUCGAAAUACCACGAAAUGGGACUGGGGUUACCAGAAUUUUUGCUCGAGUACUGGACAGUUGAGAUUAAGAAAGACACUAGGCUCGAGGAUGAGGGGGAAAAGCUGGAAUACGAGAAGGAAAUUGAGCGAAUCAGGAGUGUUGGUGUUAUUUUGGAUGAAUCAUGUACAUAG